UAAUUUUUUAGUUUAAUUGACAAAAAACUUUCAGAAUCUUAAAAAAUCUUAAAGUGAAAUUUCCCCCUUUCUUUUUACUUGCAGACCAAACUGAAACUCAAAACAGCUUAUCAUGUUUUAUCCAAGCGUAUAAAUCGUUGGCAAUAACUAAAAAAACGAAAAACGUUUCAAAAGUGCUUGAACAAGGCUCUAAAACGGCAACAAUAAGUGAAUACCGCUGCAAUUCUAUGAGUUUUGUAAACCUAAAAGCCAAAACAAUUGAUGUUUUAAUGCUGCCAAAUAGAUAGCAAUCAGCCCCAGCCGAUAAAUCAAGAGUGAAACCAAAGGAGAUCAACACUGUAUUGAAUAAAUCCCAAAAUUUUAAAAGGAAGUAAAUCACAAUCAUACGAAAAUGGCCAAAUACUUUAUAGUCCUGAUGCUGCUGGUGUGCCUGGCCCUGGAGAAUAAGAAUGUGUACAAUCGCCUGCAUGCACGAUCCCAUCCCAGUUCUCGAGGCGACAUAUUGCGUCCUGAUCCCAAGCACCAGCCGCAUCCUCACGUACAGCACACCUCGCAACAGUUACAGCAACAGCACCACAUCCGUCAACAGCGAUCCCGCCAGCUUAAGCACAUGGAACCAGAUCCAACCAGUGAGGAGGACGAUGCGCCGAUAACUAAGCAGGAAUACUACGCCCGUCUGAGGCGCCACGUCAUGGAAAAAAGGGAACAGUUUCGGCGGCAGGAGCUUAGCUACAAUCAUCCUGGUUCCAAUCCGGAACAGCUUAAAGUCCCCCGCCUAUGGCAGCACCUGAUGGAGCAGGAAGAGAAAGAACACCCUGUCAUGUUCGGAGAUGCCCCCGAGGAUUCAUCCUAUAGCGCCGAUGAUCAGUUCGAUGAUCAGCUCGAAGGCCUCUCUCCUCUGGACUUUGUGCGAAAUGAACUGAUGGCAGAGGAGCAGAAAAAUCAAGAGAAGGAUCUCGAUCUGGACUUGGCACCCGAGGCUCCCAUAGAGCCUGAGCCUGAGCUGGGAGAGAGGAACAUUACUAUUUCUGUGAAGUCCAGCGGCGGAGGAUGUCCCAAGUGUGAGAGCAACCGUCAAGUUGAGCAUAUCUCCGAGGAGCAGCUAACCCAUUUGCGCAUCGAGUUUGUCAAGCAACAGAUCCUGGAGAAGCUGCGUCUCAAGGAGAGUCCCAAGGUAUCGGCUGUGGAGCUGCCUAAGCCCAUCUUCGACGGGAUGACACUCUCCCAUCCGGACGACAGCACCAAGAACAAGGAGCUAGACGAUUACUAUGCUCGGACUAGCAAAAAGUUCAUUCUGCUGAAUAGAGAAGAGGUUGAGUGCAAUCGCGUGGGAGGUGGGAAAUCCAACCCGUCCAUGUGCUUUAGCUUCAAGAUCGACGAUGCUGAUGCCGAGGGCUUUGAUGUGAGCACCGCUGUCCUGUGGCUCUUCAAGAACAAACAGAACCGCACUGAUGAAGCCUCACUGAACAGCACCAGUUCCCAGCAGACGAUCGUCGUUUCCGAGGUGGAGGUGGAUCCCCAGAAGGACUCCAAGUAUUUGACGGCGACCAAGACCAUAGCCAUCCAGUCGGUGAAUGUGCAAGAUGAAUGGAUGAAAAUCGACAUUGAGUGGCCCAUCAAGCAUUGGAUGAGCGGUCAUGAGCUAAGUCACCUUAUCCAAAUCACCUGCGGUGGCUGCGAUGUUAGCGACAUGGAGGAGAUUAUCUCUGUGGACAAAGACUACCGGCCGUUCAUCAUGAUCGAUAUGCAGAAUCGCCGCCGGAAAAGCCGUCAAAAGCGCAGCAUCAACUGCUCCAGCGGAAUGACAGAGUGUUGUCGCGAGCACCUUUACAUAUCGUUCAGGGACAUCGGAUGGAGCAACUGGAUCUUGAAGCCAGAGGGCUAUAACGCCUACUUCUGCCGCGGAUCCUGCAGCUCGGUGGCGAGUGUUACGCAAGCGGCCUCCCACCACAGCUCCAUAAUGAAAAUUCUCUCCACAAGCGGUGCAAACAAAUCGCUGGAGUUGGUGCCCUGCUGCACCGCCAAACAGUAUUCCUCGCUGCAGCUGGUCGUAAUGGACUCGAGAACGUCGGCCACGGUGAAGACGCUGCCCAACAUGGUGGUGGAGUCAUGUGGCUGCAGAUAGAGAUAGUCGGUGCCCCUAGGCGGCCACCGUUAACAGCCAAUUUACAAUUACAUAUCGGACAAAUUAGUCGUAGACUCGUUCCAUUUUAGUUAGCAUUCAACUACAUUUCUCUUCAAUUAAUUUAAAUUCAUUUGCAAAGCAUUUACAUUAUCGUUAUUAUUACUUAAUCGUAAUUAUUUGUAGUGCAUGUGCUGCCACUAGUUGUAGUUUAAAGCUAAAGUCAAUGUACUUAAGCACUCGAAGUAUGUAGGUAGUUAGCAAAUAGCUUCACUUAAUUUAAUAGCGUUACUAAGUGCUAUCUUUAAAUAUGUAAUGUAAUUAUUUUCAUUGUUUAAGUAGCGUAUAUUGAGUUAGCGAGAAAAUCGUAAAGAAAAGAGGAAAAUAAAAUAUUGAAAGACAAAUCAAA